AAACCUCUUCUGCACGCUAAACCUCAACAGCUGAGAACACAGGCAGUGUUUUCCUUACCUUUUUGGCAGAGUAUCACUUUCAGCUGACUCUGGCAGAGCUGCUAUGACCGAAACAACAGGUUACUCGAGGAGUGGGCUUGUCCUUGUUAAAAACCCACACCUGGACCUGAUGGAAGAGGAUGUCCUGUACCACCUGGACUUGGGAACGAAGACGCACAACCUGCCAGCAAUGUUUGGGGACAUAAAGUUUGUCUGCGUUGGCGGCAGCCCGAACAGGAUGCGGGCGUUUGCCCAGUUCAUGCAGCGGGAGCUGGGGCUGGCGGGUGCCGGGGAGGACGUGGCUGACAUCUGCGCGGGGUCGGACCGCUACGCCAUGUACCGGGCAGGGCCCGUGCUCUCCAUCAGCCAUGGAAUGGGCAUCCCUUCCAUUUCCAUAAUGCUCCAUGAGCUGAUCAAACUGCUGCACCACGCAAAAUGCCGGGACGUUACUAUUAUACGCAUGGGUACUUCUGGGGGCUUAGGGAUCAAGGCUGGGUCUGUUGUGAUCACUGACACGGCCGUGGACUCCUCCUUCCGGCCACGUUUUGAGCAGGUGGUGCUGGACGAUGUGGUGGUGCGGAGCACCGAGCUGGACAAGGACCUUGCGGAGGAGCUGCUCGCCUGCAGCAGGGACAUUCCUGACUUCCCCACACUCAUUGGCCAUACCAUGUGCACCUACGACUUCUACGAAGGUCAGGGGAGAUUAGAUGGUGCAUUAUGCUCUUUUUCCAGUGAAAAAAAGUUGGAGUACUUAAGGAGGGCUUAUGAGGCCGGUGUGAGGAAUAUUGAGAUGGAGUCCACUGCAUUCGCUGCCCUGUGUGGACUGUGCGGCCUCAAAGCCGCUGUCGUGUGCGUGGCGCUCCUGGACCGGCUGGAGGGGGACCAGAUCCGGGCGUCCCACGAGGUGCUGUGGGAGUACCAGCAGCGGCCGCAGCGGCUGAUCGCCGCCUUCAUCCGCAAGCGCCUGGGGCUCACCCGCACGGACUGAGGUGGCGGCAGCAGCACGGGGCCCGGCCCGGCCCGCGGAGCCCGCUCCGGGAGCGGCAGAGCUGCGGGCCCCGGGCUGCCCGGAGCCAGCGGAGCCGCGGUGCGGCUGGGACCGCGCUGACACCAUCUGCGCUGGCAGCAAGCUCAGGCUGUGGAACAGAGCUGCAGAUUCCUCACUCCUGGCUCCAGUCGCCGUAAAGGACUGUCCUGUUAGGGUCACUCCUGUCCACAGCGAUCUUCCAGGAAGGAGAUCCCUUUGCUUUGGGCAUAAAGACAAAACCUAAGUAAAUAACAUGAAAAUUAAUCCAUAUUUGUGACCAGCCAAGGGGUCUGCAGAGCUCUCCUGGCAUGAGCAGCCUUGGUAGUGCUGUGCAAAACUCUUUUAAUGACCUGCAUGUUCUCCACUGUUUUGUGGACCUUCCUUGAAGGACAGGCACCAUCUGUGUGGGUUUCACUGUUUUGUGAAACCACCCCCCCCCAAAUCCUCAUUCUGGCCUCACUAUAUCAACUAAAGGCCCAACCUACUGUUGCACUGAGGUAGCCCAGACUUCUAUAGACUUCUACUCAGUCUCUACCCUGAGACAUUACAGACAUGAAAACAACCACAAGUCUAAGCCUAAAAAUCUGUACCCACUAUUUCAAAACCAAUGUCUGUUCCCUAUAAACUUUCUUUUUCAUUAACAUCUUGGUAUUUAUAAAAUAUGACAACUAUUA